AUGUCUCACUCAUCAAAAGAGAAAAGAAGGCAGCUGCUGGAGCAACUGUUGGCAGCCAGAGAAGCAAAGGCCAGCAAAGAUGACCUCUCUCCUGCCAAACCCAUAAGGUCUAAAAAGGACCACUUGUAUGUGGACCUGAGACACACUGGAAUGAGGCACUUUGCCACUCAAAGAAACAUGAUAACUCCAGAACAUGCACAACAUGUCAAGGAGAAGCACGACCCCACCAGUGAAGACCACUCUGACAAAAAGACCCCGGGGCCUGACCUUCUUCAGGUAGACGAAAAGGACAAAUCUGCAGUCAAAAUUGCCAGCAAUGUCAUGAACCUCUCUCACAAACUUUGCGAGAGUGGAAAAGAGACAGACCUGUACUUCAUCACCCUAGACGCACAUCACACAAACGACGGACAGCCCUUCACUGGCAUGAUUGGCACCAGUUCCCAGAACGCAGACCAGAGCAAGAGUGUCAAAGUGCUGCCAAUAGACUUCACUGGCGACGACGACAACAUGAGAAAAAGAGAGCUGCAUGGACAAGUCAUCACUGCUCUGAGCUCCAUGAGAGGGACAAAGGACACUGUUGGUUCAGACCCUCUGGAACCUUUGAGUAGCAAAGAAAGCGAUUCAGACGAAGACUCUCCUCUCUACGACAGGCAUCCCACCAAAGACGCUUUUUUGCAUGUGGCCAAAAAGGGUGGCAACAUCAAAGCCCCAGACAUGGUCUUCACCGUUCUGGGAGCUAGAAACAUAAGAGAAGACCACAAGCUGGUGCCAGCCCUGCUGAACCAGAAGCGUGGAGGAAACCAGUACAAGUCUUAUGUGCACACUGUGGACGCACUGCCACCUGGAGCUACCCCCACUGCAGUUCCAAACGGAGGAGUGGGCUACUCUGUGCCUCCUCCUCAGCCACAGCAGCAACAAGGGGGAGGUGGCUUCCUUGGAGGAAUUACAAACAUUUUAGGCAUGAUAGCGCCCCUUGUGGGCAUGUUUCUGUGA